UUUAGUUGAAUUUUGUCUGAUAAGUUAUAUUAAUAUAGACUAUUAACUUUAUUGGGAUUUUUAUUAAUUUGAAGAUCAUUUUGCAAUGGCAGACUGCAACAAAAAGCAUAAUGAUGAAGCGUUCAUCACCCUUGCUACAAAUGACGUAUACACUCGAGGCGCUCUUGUGCUGGCCCAAUCAUUGAGAAAAUAUGGAACCACGAGGAAGCUUGUAGUAAUGAUCACACCACAUGUAUCACCGAAUGCCAGAACUGCUUUAGAGGAUGUCUUUGAUGAUGUUCGGUUAGUAGAUGUCCUGGAUUCUAGGGACGCAGCUCAUCUUGCCCUACUCAAAAGACCAGAACUAGGGAUCACAUUCACAAAAAUACAUUGCUGGACUCUUACAGAGUAUUCCAAAGGUGUUUUCAUGGAUGCUGAUAUGAUGGCUCUUCAAAACAUUGACGAACUUUUCGAACGGGAAGAAUUAUCAGCAGCACCAGAUUCAGGAUGGCCAGAUCUUUUCAAUUCUGGUUUAUUUGUUUUUCGUCCUUCGCUUGAAACUUUCAAUGGACUUUUACUUCUUGCUCAGAAUGAAGGAAGCUUUGAUGGUGGGGACCAAGGUCUUCUGAACACAUAUUUUAAAGAUUGGGCAACUAAAGAUAUUUCACGUCACCUGCCAUUCUUGUACAAUUUACAUGUUUGUGCGUCGUACACCUACAUGCCGGCUUUUAAAAAGUUUGGCAAAGACACAAAGGUUGUUCAUUUCCUUGGACCAGUUAAGCCUUGGCAUCAUGUCUACAACAGAGUGACCGGUGGAGUUCAACAGAUUGCUGGACCCAUGCAUACCGGUACCCAACACCUACCACAAUACUUGAGUGAAUGGUGGGCGAUAUACAAUGACAGUGUUCAGAAAUAUUUUUCAAGAGAACAGGAAAUGACGGACCACGUCUGCCACGAACCUCUGGAGGAGACGGUGGACCAAAAUUUUCAAGGAAAUGGGGAGGAAAAUGUGCAAACUCACCAUGAAGAGUGUCAUCAACAACAAGAACCCCAAUGUGGGGUUUCGCAACACACACCUGAGCAUCAGCCCCCGCCUCCACCACGCCCUCCGUCACCCCCACCUAACCCUUAUCAUUGGGACCCACCUGCGACAUUUUAUAGAGAACAACCUAGUUAUAUGCUAGCCCCAAGGCCCCCAACACCAGAACCUGAACCCCAGCAUACACACAUUCAUGAGCAGCAUCGCCCCCCUAGUCCCCCUGUUGAAAAAACUCCCCAGCGCCACCCAGAACCAGAAAAUACACAUUUUGAAACUCCUCCCCAUGAAUCUCAUGACGUCCCCUUAGAACACCGAUUAACCCCACCCCUUCAAAUUCCCUUAUUUACACCACCGGAGGGAACAUUAGAUAAUCCACCAGAGGGGGCCGAAUCACCGACACAGUUCGAACUUCCCCCCCAAAACACUCGCUACACAACGUUCUCUGAGGAAACUCAUUCAACUGUUUCCGAAUUAUCUUCUCCAUCUUCGUUAGACGAAAAGGAAGAUCAACCUAGUCAGAUUCCAUCAAUAAUUCUGAGUAUCAUUUCCGAGUCGUCCAAUUUUGAUAACAAUACCGUGGCAACUCGUCUCAAAACACCACCAAGUGUCUAUUAUCCCAGCGUCAUGAUGGCAGAAGAUAAAUCUUUUGAAGAUAUUGUUCUAAUCCCAGCCGCCAUACUUCAGUCUGACAAAGAACAGGAAGGAGCUGCCUCUGCUUCUAGGAGUCCAGACGAAAGACAGCGCGAAAUGUUGGCGCACAUGAGGCAAUGGGAGAGCGGGAAUAUCGAUUAUUUAGGCCGUGACAGCUUCGAAAAUAUACAAGCACGAUUGGAGUCCUUCAUGCAUCAGAAACCAGUCUAACAGACUACCCUUGUGAUCAAAGUUUGCCAAAUAAUUUCACAAUUUUUUCUUCUCCUAAUGAAAUAUUACAAAAAAGGUCUUGCAACCACUUGUACGAUGUACCAAGUACACCUGGACAAAAUUAUUUUUUAUGUUUGAUGGCCCAAGUCAUUGAUAUAUUUGCUGUUUUUGUUCUAACACUAGCAGUGCAUGUUAUUCUAUCAAGUAAGCAGAGGAAAAGCCACUAUGGCCAUAAUGGGAUGCAUUCAUUUCCAAGAACCAUUCUCAUAGCAGUCGAUAGUAGUGCCAUUUUUUGUUUUGUUAUUCAAUACUGUUUAACUUUAGGUGGGGAUAAGUUAUUAAAUGGGGCAAAAUGUACUUCAAUCGCUUAUCAUCCCAUUUAUAUUACACCUAAUUCACCAACUCAAAAAACAAGAUGUGAUUCCCUUGCUCUUCUGGGUGAUUAGUAUUCAGUAGAGGUGCUUUUCCCACAUUGUAAAAAAUUGGUGCAUUUUUACAGACAUUUUAUUAUAAUUCUGGCUCAUGUAAUGUGUUUACUUAUUUUCAUCAUUAAAAAGUCUAUCAGAUCCAUUUAUUUCUGUUUAGAUAAAUAUCGUCACACCAUGAAACUAUCCCAAGAUAGACAGACUCAAAAAAAAAAUCAGAAAACUAGCGAUGAUACAAUAACAAAAAUAGUACCCAAGAAGUUAUUACUGUAUACCGCCCAUGUCCAAUUUGGGAAAUAUCUAAUUCACCGACUCUGAGUUAAAUGGUCAUUUCACUGUUGUUUUAGAUUUUGGCGAAAUGCGAUUCUGGUGCACUUUUGGGUAAUUAGUAUUUAGUAUUCGAGGUGCUUUUCCACACUGUAAAAAUUGGUGCAAUUUUGCAGACAUUUGGCCUGGAAUUUUGGUUCAAUAAAUGUGUUAACUUAAUAUUCAGCAAUAAAAAUUAGUUAAAUUUUACAACAUAAUAUCCGUUCUUGUUCAUGAGUGCCUGUUUCAUUCUACACUAAUUAGCCAUAUCCCAAAAACAGUUUUUGUAAUCAUUUUUAUCAGUUUUUUAGUGUAUCAGACUAGUGUUCCUUCUUUCUGUAUUCUCAAACAUUAGUCCCCUAUUAUUAGUGUUGCCAGUUAUUUUCUUACUUAAUCUGUCAGCCUUUCUGCCCAUUCUACAUUACUUCUCUACUAGUUUCUCUGGCUGGUGAUUACGGUAAAAA